AUGGACAAACUCAAAAUUUUCUUGGACAAGCAUUCUCUUUCAUCUCAUCACCUCAAGUCCAAACAAACACCACAACUUCCGAUUAACCCUGUGCGAGACUUCCCAUCUGAAUACGAUUUCUAUCGCUACAGAAAACAGAGGGGCGUCAACCUUGGUUCUUGGUUCGUCCUCGAAAGAUGGAUUGCUGACAGCCCCUUCCGCUUUGCGGAGCAGCCUGGACAGAGUGACCACGAUGUCGCGAAGGGUUCGUAUGGCCAGAACGUUCUCGAUCGCCAUUGGAAUGACUGGAUCGUUGAGGAGGACUGGCAGUGGAUCUCUGACAGGGGCAUCAACACCGUCCGAAUUCCGAUCGCGUUUUAUCAUUUGUGCGGCGUAGAUCCUUCGGUUCUGAACGGCACAGACUUUGCUCACCUCGGCAGCGUCUUUCAAGGCGCGUGGGCCAGGAUCACCAGUGCAAUCGCGACCGCCCACCGCUAUGGCAUCGGUGUGCUUAUUGACUUGCAUGCAGCUCCCGGCAAGCAGAACGCGGACGCGCAUUCAGGUACCUCAUCUCCUGAGGUCGCAUUCUUUAGCUCAUCCAACAUGUCACACACGAAACAUAUUCUCACGUCCCUCCUGAUUAACCUAACAACGUACACCCGCACGCACGACCCUCCCCUUCCAAACGUUGUCGGGAUCGAACUUAUCAACGAGCCUAACCCACCCGGAGGAGACCACUCCGCCUUGAAGAAAUGGUAUAGGAGUACCUUCGAAGCGAUGCGUCGGAUCGACCCUGACAUGCCCCUCUACAUCGGAGAUUCCUGGCGUACCUCCGAAUACACUGAGUUCAUCACAUCCCUCGGCUCGCACGCAUCCUCGGAGUCGUCGUCCUUCGUGGCACUCGACCACCACCUCUAUCGCUGUUUCACCUCCCAGGACGCUUCCACCUCGGCCGCCGGGCACGCCCAGGCCCUGCGCGAGUCUUCCCCCUUCUCCGCAGCUGUGCCUGCCCUUGCUUCUGCUGGCGCCGGCCUCGUCGUAGGCGAAUGGUCCGGCGCGCUCAACCCGGACUCCUUCCGCGGCACGGCUGACGAGCACGCGGAGAAGCGCAACUUUGUCGAUGCCCAGCUCGCUCUGUACGAGCGGGAGUGUGCAGGGUGGUUUUAUUGGACGUUGAAGAAACAGCAGGGAGGCGACAGUGGGUGGGCGAUGAGGGAUGCUGUCGCGUAUGGCGUAUUUCCGUCGUGGGUAGGCACUAAGGCAAAUAAGGAUCCUCGUGGAGACGAUGGCAGACAGUGGAGGCGGGAUCAGGCGAGGGAUCAAGCACUGAGCGCACAUACCGGAUGGUGGUCAAAGCAUCCUGGACACUACGAGCAUUGGCGUUUCAGCGAAGGGUUCAUCUGUGGGUGGAACGACGCCUACAUGCUUUUCUCAUCGCCACCGACUCGCGGCGGCUCCAUCCCAGAGAUUGGGUUCAAAGGUGCGUGGGCGAAGAGACGUGCUGCCGCACACGCGCGCGAGAGGGGCCAGGGAAACUUGUGGGAGUACGAGCAUGGCAUCACGCAGGGCAUCGAUGCGGCAAAGGCAGAUUUCGUACAGAAUUAUGCUUGAGUUUGCGUCCUGUGGUUGUAUUCAUCAUAGGAUCGGUUGUUGUAGCUCUCGAUGCGGGGGUCGGCAAACCGACCUUGUAUCAGUAUUUUUAUGUAUCUUUUCCCAUGCGACGAUGGUCAGAACGCGCAGCGCUGUUC